AUCUCAUUCGUAAGUUCACUUUCGCCGCAAUCGGUCGGAAGGAAGAGUGUUUGUCGCGUCAUUAGAACUACGUAGAUCGUCGUUGCUUCGUUGUCAAAGGCUUUGUUACAAAAGCAAGUGAUAGAUCCGGAUCUAGGAUGAUACCAACCAGGAAGUUGGGACUCCAGGCAGCUGCCACAUUACUAGGAGUUCUCACCUUAUUCCCCGUAGUCGUUCAAGGAUUUCCGCGUUAUGAAACCAGUGGCUGCAUUCGACACUCCCCUUCGCUCAACAAAUGCAUAGAACGAGCGGUCCAGUACUACAUUUCCUAUCUGGCCAAUGGGAAAGUAUCCGACCGGACGCAUGUCCUCUCACUUGAUCCUCUAACGCUUCCCAACACAACGCUCGUCCGGAACCGGAACACCCACACCUACUUCCUGAAUCGCGAAAUGCGUGGCUUCCGGAACUCCUUUGUCACCGAUGUCAAGUCGGAUUUUAACAAGCUGGAGUUCGUACUGCAGUUUCAUAUGCCUGCAGUUGACGUGUUUGGAACCUACAGGGCAGAGCUUGCCCACGAUAGACAGAUCGCGGAAUGGUCAAAGAUGUUCUCCUCGCUUAGAAAUUCAACUCUCCGGAUGCACAUGAAGGGUCAAACAUACGAGCAUGAGGAUCUCAUCUACGUGCGAGUCAACAUCACGGACUUCGACCUGUCCUUCGGGGAUCACACGGUCGGAUUUGGAUGGUUCACCAUGAGUGGAAACUACUCGGAACACGCAACUCAAUUCGAUCAGGAACGAGGGAGGAGCAUUUUGGCCAUCGUGGAAUCCGAGUUCGGCCAGAGUUUCCGGGAGCGGGUUCAGAAACUGUUGAAUGAAAUCCUGAGGCUAGCGCCAUUCGAACGAUUCUUUCCUAGCCAGUAGUAGCAGAAAUUGAAAUCUGGAUUGGAUCAACUAGCGGCGGCCGCUAGCUGUUUGUUGGGAUCAAGCUAGUCGAAAGGUUAUCUCUCAUCUCAGGCCUGAAUGGAAGAGUGCAAAUCACAACCGAACCGAACGAUGUAAAUAUAGCUUUAUUUAUGAAUUAUGCGUUAACAAUAAACAUAUUUAUUAAGCUUGAA